AUGGCUUCACAGCACAACAACUCCUUUAAACCCCAGUCACCAGAAAGUGGCCUUGUAUUAGACAACAGGAACUUCCUUCCAAGCCAGGAUACUUCUCUACAGUGGGAAGAAGAUAUCUGUAACUUCUCAACUGCUCAGCUCAACUUUCCCACAAAUGACAAUGGUUACUGUGCAAAGCAGGAACUGCAAGCAAUGUGGAAGUGGUUUACCUCCUGGUUGAAGCCAGAAAAGAGUAGCAAGGAGCAGAUGAUUUCGCAGCUGGUCUUGGCUGAGUUUCUCAAAACUGGGCACUACAAGGACAAGUCUGUCUUGAAAGAGAAGUGGGAAUCAAAUGGCAGAAACCUGGGGAGAUUCAUGGAGGAUCUGACUGAUGAGUGCUUGAAGCCUCCCAUCAUGGUUCACACCUCCAUGCAGGGGCAGGAAGCCCUCUUUUCUAAGAACAUGUCUUUAGAAGAAACCAUCAACAUUUUGAAAGAGCAGCAAUCAGCAAGAAGUUCAAUACAAGAGAGUGCAAAGACACCCUUGCCAAUCCCCCAAGACAUGUUAUUGACAACAGGACAUGAAGACUGGGAAGAUAGCCAAAACAAUGGCUGGAGCAAUAGUGAUGUAAAUGAUGGGGAUAGCAGUCCUGGAAAUGAGAUGGACUCCCUUUCCCUUAUCCAACAAAUGAAGAAGCAUGUAGCUUCUAAACAGCAAGUAACCAUUGAAGACAUGACUUGUAACUUCUGGAUUGUUCCAUCUAUCUUUGUGGAUAAAGAAGAUGAAUCUGUUUAUGUUAAGUAA